GUGGAAUUGGUCAGACUUGUAUAUGGACGAUGCACAAACCAUUGCAAGAUCAUUGGGGAGUAGAAAUUAAAUGAAGGACACAAGUCCAGUUGAAUUCAAUGGCUAAGGUGCAAGUAAUGAAUGUGGUUGUGCUGGACAACCCAUCAGCAUUUCUAAAUCCAUUCCAAUUUGAAAUAACAUUUGAGUGUUUGGAGGAUCUGCAGGAAGAUCUGGAAUGGCGUAUCAUUUAUGUAGGCUCAGCAGAAAGUGAAGCAUUUGAUCAGGUGUUGGACACUGUUUAUGUUGGACCAGUUCCACAAGGACGGCACAUGUUUGUAUUCCAAGCUGAUGCACCUGAUCCUGCUAAGAUUCCAGUUGCUGAUGUUGUGGGAGUUACUGUUGUUCUGCUGACUUGUUCUUAUAGGGCCCAGGAGUUCAUUCGUGUAGGUUACUAUGUGAAUAAUGACUAUGGUGACCCAGAAUUACGAGAGACCCAACCUCCGUCUGCUCCACAGUUUGACAAACUGCAGCGAAAUAUUUUGGCUACCAAUCCGAGAGUGACACGAUUCAAGGUGGAUUGGGAUGACAGUCCAAACAAACAAAACAAGAUCUCUUCAUCAGCCAGCCAACUGGAUGCCAGCAUGGCAAGCAUGGAUGAGCCAAUCAAAGCCAACCUUCUGAACUCUUCAACCAGUGACAAUAUUGUCAGUGUGGAGUUGUAAAUUUGCCAGUCUUU